CGGGUUUCUCGAUUUGGUGCACGCGCUCCUACCACCGCGCCAGCCAGAGGCCACCAUCAUGCACGUGUCGUACCUCUGUCGCAUGCUUGAGACCCGCGACGUCCAACGGUUCAUGUGCCGCGCUGGCAUUCAAGUCGGCACCGAUGCAGCUAUGAACAAAGUUCGACUGGCGUUUGCUGAGUUUCUGCGGGAUAUCCAGAAGUCAGCGAUUGCGAGCAUGGAAGCGGACCAGCGAUUGACUGUGUACGCCAAGGAUAUUGCUGCUGCCCUCAUUGUACAUCCUACUCGCACUAAGUUGUAUGGUUUUGACGAUGUUGUCGAGGAAUCGAUCGAUGACUGCGAUGAUGAUGCUUUCAGUGAUGACGAGAGCGAAGGUGGUGCUGGGGAUGACGAUGAAUCAUCUUCCAACGACGACAGUUGCUCCGAUGUUGAAAGUGGCGAAGAUCUUGCCACCGGGAACGAAGAUGUGUGUGACGAUCGGUCCUUUGGCGACGGCGAAUUUUCCGACGCGGAAGACACAAUCAAGCAUGCAGCUCAGUUCACCGACGAAGAUGCAUUGUGGGAUGCUUCCCACGUGGGUUUCGUGCGAUUAGAAUCGGAGAAGAUGCAACUUGCACUGUCGCGGGAGGUCUCGUCGCCGUACAUGGUGUCUCGUCAUGUCGUUCUGAAAAUGUGGAUAGCGUUGACUCCGUUGGCUAUCACGCGGCCAGCCUUGAGUGCAUUGCACAACGCCGUCGAGCAUGUCAUCUACCGCGAGCUCGUCGAUGGGAAACUUGGGAGUCAGUUUCUGUACACGGUCAUGGAGAGUAUCGUGGAAGAGCAAGCUGCAGAGACGGACCGGCUGGAGGCGGAACUUGUCGAAUGUCGUGCGUCGCUGGAUCAGGAACGAGCGGCGAGAAAGCGGGGGCGCGGUGGACUUCGCGAAGGGUCAAUUUACCGCGAGAACAUUCCAUUGCCGACUUCCCACCCAUCACCAUCGUCGCCACCUUUGAAAAAGACGUCUUCCAUGGUCAACCCAGACCUUCCAAGUGCCAAGAAGCAGCAGCUUGUCCACUUGACCAUCUAAUUUUGUAAGUUCAAACGAUUCUUUAUAGCUUAAACCAUAAACAUGUUGGGCUGGGUGUCUACGGCCGCGGCCGCAGCCUGCGCGA